CUCCCCUCACGUUUCUCUUCCUGCUACUUGCUACUUGACCUCUUUGCCCCCGUCAUUCAACCUUCAAGGCAGAUUCUCACACUAGCGCCCCCAGAACCCUAGGGAAUCAAGCUACCCCCUACUCCCUGUGACAUCCGUUACUGCCGCGCCCUAUCAGCCAACAGUCGUGCCUGAGGAUCAACAACCCUCCUGAUCCAUUGGGCCUCUAGAUUCGCACUAAACCACCUGCGAUGCGUUCGCAAGACACUAUACAAUCGCUCUGAUCGCCAUUCCCACUCUGCGCGCGCUUUACUCACUUGUCUAAAACUCCCGGUACAUCGCCAUGCCUUCUAUACUUACCGACGCCGACAAGGAAAUCGUCAGGAGAACUGUCCCCAAGCCUGCGAACAAAAUCCUUGCUGUAGCCGUUGCGCGCCUUUACGUUGCAUAUCCGGAUUCUCAAAGAUGGACCUACACUGGUUUACAAGGUGCUGCAGUGCUGGCAAAUGACCUAGUCGGCCGUACCUUCUGGCUCAAGUUGGUGGAUGUAUCGCCUGCAGGGAGGGGAGUUAUAUGGGACCAAGAAAUUUACGAUAAUUUCGCAUAUAAUCAGGACCGCACAUUCUUCCACACCUUUGAACUCGAAGACUGCCCCGCCGGGUUCUCUUUCGCCGACGAAAAAGAGGCUAAGACCUUCAUUAAGAAGGUCCACGAGCGGGAGAAGCAUGCGAGCAAAGAGACACGGUUGACACCUUUUGCGUCGACUCGUGGCCAGGGCCCAGCCCCAGUCGUCAAUGGCAAACAUGGCGUUGGUCGAUCGUUGUUCGGCAGCUUGCUUGGGCAUCGCUCUUCGUCCGGGUCUCACGCUCAAACGGUCACGCCUGCGGAAUUACCACCUGCACCUUCGAUUCAGAUCGCUCCCCCGCCGCCCGCCGUCAGCCCGCCACGCAAGGAGUUGCCUUUUGAUACUAGCGACCCCGCAUGGAAGGGACUGCUAGAUGAACUUCUGCAGAUGGGAAUCACGGAGGACCAGAUAGCGGAGAAUUCCGAUUUCAUCAAGGCCUAUAUUGAGCAGAAACAGGGCGCUGCUGGUUCCGACUCCAGUUCAUCUCUUGCUGAAGAUCAGCGGCGAGGAAAGGCUCCCCCUCCGCCUCCCCCAUCCGCACCUCCAGCUCCGAAAGUGGCAGCCCUCAGUCCGCAGAACACUGGAAAUAGUGGUGGCAGCAGGCGCGGCGCUCCGCCACCUCCUCCUCCGUCGCGCAGGACUCGGACUGAUGUCGAUGAUGAACCUGCCACGCCUGCAUCAAAUCGCGAGCCUUCGCCCCCAAGGAACCGCUUCCGUGCCCCUCCACCAAUUGCGGAUGCCGGUAAAUUUGCCCACAUAGCGGCAUCCGUGGCCCCUGGUCGUCAGCGAGCAAUGUCCAGCACAAACCCAGGCCCUCCGCCUCCCCCGCGGCCUCCAAAGACGCCAAUGGAAGAGAAUCACUCUCGCUUCGGUGUUCCACCCCCAUUCGAAGGAGUGCGAAAGGUGUCUGCUCCGCCGGCGCCACCGAGUCGCAGCCCCUUACCUUCUGCACCUCCGCCGCCGCCUCCGCGCACUAUGAGUCCUGCGGCGCCGCCCCAGCUACCACCCAAAAUCCCCAAUGCUGCCGCCCCAGGUCCUCCGCCGCCUCCUCCAAGAAGUCCGGCCUCAGUACCCCCGCCUCCUCCACCUGUGCCUUCCAGCUCCCGGCCGAUUCCGCCGCCACCUACGAGUGCUGCUGGUCCGCCGCCUCCUCCCCCACCACCAUCGUCGAGCGUGCCUCCUCCCCCACCACCAUCGUCACACCCUUCCUCAAAUGCAGCACCUUCGAUACCUCCGCCGCCCCCACCUCCGUCCAGCACUGGACCGCCUCCCCCUCCUCCCCCUCCUCCCCCUGGAUCUGGCGCUCCUCCACCCCCGCCACCCCCUCCUGGAGUCGGCGCUCCACCUCCACCCCCUCCUGGGGCUGGUGGUCCUCCGCCCCCACCCCCGCCAGGUGGUGCCGCCCCACCGCUGCCUGCUCCUGAUGCAGGUAGAAAUGACCUCAUGGCUGCCAUCCGAGCAUCUGGAGGGAAGGGAGGUACGGGCUUGCGGAGGGUUAAAGAUUCGGAAAAGAAAGACCGAAGUGGUGCCUUUGUGCCCGGCUCUAGCGAGUCAGCUGCGGCCACACCAAGUGCUGGAAGCGCGCCUCAAGGAGGUUUGGCUGGAGCUCUGCAGGACGCCCUGGCCAAGAGAAAGCAGAAAGUUAGCGGCAGCGAUGACGAAAAGGAGGACGAUGAUGAUUGGUGAUUGUUGCGUCGUAUCUACCUUUCCCAUGAUUUUUUCUGGCGUUGCAGUGCAUUGAGCAUGUUCGUUCGCGCCGGAUACCUUUUUUCAAUAUCGUUUCUUGCUGUUUGCUGCGCUUGUUGCGCGGCUGGCCGGUAAGUGUCUUUGCAAGACUGUCCAUGCGCAAUGCAGCUAUACUUCCUAGUCGGAAGCUUGUAGCUUCUUGCACGCAUUGCACUACUUUACUCUAUAGACAAAAUUCGAACUUUGGCG